CUUAAACUUGCGUCGUCUUUUCGUUACAACACUCGUAUCUAAUGCUGUAUGUUUUUUUUAAUAAUUGUGAUAUAAUCGUAAAUUUAAUGCUUUAUUGUGACAUUUGGAAUUAUUAUAUAGGUUAAACAAACAUGCUGUGGCUAAUCCUGACUUUCUCAUUGGCUUCGGUCAGCUGCUUCGAGCCUAAACCCGAUAUUGGUGUUCCCUCAGGACUCGUGCCCCACUGCCCCGGCGCAGGAAAGAAUGCAACAAUAGCAGAUUCAUCAAUGCCACUUUUGCAAGUGAUUAUACAACGUUUGACUGAUACAGGCGUUUACAGACGUAGUUUACCAAUCAAAGCGGCAUACAAAGCUAUAUUAAGCGAUAAGAAAUUUGAUCUCAGCAAGAAGACGGUUUUUUAUGCUGUGGGCUUUUGGGACAGCUCGGUAUUUCCCCACAGUCGGGCCAUGGCUAAUGGUUAUGCUAAGAGAGGCUACAAUGUACUUAUGUCGGAAACAUUUCACUUCCUCACUUAUAUUUAUCCCAAGUCCGUCCGUCUUAGCCGCGUUAUCGGACAACAAUUUGGCAAGCUAUUUGUCAAAUUAACCCAGGCAGGCCUUCGUCCUGAGAACUUGGAACUAGUCGGCACCAGCCUUGGCGCCCACAUUGUAAGUCACGCUGCUAAGUACUACCAAUCUGUGAUCGGGAAGAAGCCUUUCAGACUAACUGGCUUGGAUCCUGCUGGGCCAUGCUUCAGAGGUUUACCAGCUGACGAAAAACUCGCCCCAUCGGAUGCGGAGCAUGUAGACGUGAUUCAUACAAACAUAGAUGGAUUUGGUAUAGCAGAACGUCUAGGGCACGUGGAUUUCUACGCAAAUGGCGGAGAAUAUCAGCCGGGAGACAUUCCAUACAUACCAUGUCUGGUUAUAUGUAGUCACAUACGAUCUUUGCUUUAUUGGUGGGUAGCGUUGGACAAUCCAAAGAAAUUUAUAGCCAUGAAGUGUGACUCUAUUCAAGAUGCAAGAUCAGCAAAAUGCUACAAUAACACGGAAUUGAAUUACGCCGGUCUGGAAACAGACUUUGAUAAGCCUGGUAUUUAUUAUUUGCCUACAAAUAAUGAGUUCCCUUACUACAUGGGCAAGAAAGGUCUUAAAGAAGAAAACGAGAUAUAUACAACAGUUAGUAGGAAUAUCAAUGCGGACGAUGAUUUUAUGGCGUAAGAACUUGUAGAUAGGUAAUCAUUACUCUUAUUGGUUGCUGGACAACCUUUGGUUUCAACGCUUAUUAAAGAUAAAAGUAAAUCAAUUGGAUCCAACUCUAAUUAUCACAUUAAUUAGAUAGUCAACAUGGUAUAAACAGGUGUCUCAAAAGAAAGUUUACAUUUGUUUAGCUUACUGCGUGAAUGCAUCAAUUCUGAGGGGCACGGGGGUUAUGUCAAACAGUAGCCUGGCUCUUUGAAAUUCAGUCGCUCGCUGUGGAACGUUUCUCGAGAGCAGACCGCGCAUAGAAGAUAGUGAUUCGCCGACUGUGGCGCGAAGAUUCUGCAGUAUUCGAGGUUUUCGCUACUUAAAUGAUGCGCCAAGCAUUCCGCUUAUGCCUAGACCGGAACAACACUAAUAAUUAAUUGAAUAAAAAUUUUUUUGAUACAUCAACUAAAUAUGAACCUUCUUUGAGACACCUUGUAUUUAGUAUCUCCUCGAAAAAGUCUGGCACCCACAUCUGGUGACCAGCGUCUGCAAAAAUGCAAUAAUAUAAUUAGGUUAAAUUAAUAUACUUUUUAUAUAUUAACCAUGGUUAACACGGUAUCUUUUGUUAACGUUAAAUAACGUAAAGUAAGCAGAUAUCUUCGUCAGCAUGGUUUAAAACAUCAAAUAUUCUGUUUCACAAGCUAUACACUAUUUGAUAGAAGAUAAGUAAAUACUAGUUUAAUCAUAGUAUGAAACGUUAUAUAUGAAUUGGAUACCUCAUACUCAUAGUCGUCCAUUAUGAGUUGACUUAUUUGUCUAAAUGUCCUAAGUACAAAUUACAAUAUUGCCUCUGUCUAAUUGGAACGUAAAAAAGCAUUUUUUAUCUUUAGUUAACUGAUUGGUACCAUUUGUUGAAUAUGCAUCUAUUUUUUGAAAUAACUUAAUGGUCAACUCUAAGUACGUGGAAUCACCGCGUGGAAACCUAAAAUCUUAAUAAAGCUGUGGUUUACAUAGUAUUUGUAAUAAUAGUUUAAUGCCGGAUAUAAAUCAAACGUUGUACCUAAUUAGACUUCAAUCAACGUUCAAUCCCGUUAUUUAUUUGCAUUUUCCAAUAGAACCUAAACAUACAUAUCGAUUUUUAUGGACUGAAACAUAUAUUGGAAAUGGAAUAAACGGAAAUAUCAGAUAUGGUUAAAAAUAUAUUUUAUCAAUUCACCCAGAACUCACCCCUAACAUGGGGCUUAGCCAAACAUAGUUUUUGCCAUUCGUGAACUACUAUCGCCAGUCGAAUUCUAUAAAAGGGUGACGUGAUUGGUGACGUCAUCGUUUUGGCGUCAGCUGAAGUCAUAUACUAUGGGUAUGAAGUAUUGUUGGUUCUGUGUUUCGUUUCAUCGUUUACGGUAGUUUAAUAGCCACGGGCGAAACAACAAAGGGGUUGAACCCUGACGACGAGACAAUACUCUUAUGAAUCUUAUGUAGACUGGUCGUGUUGACCGGAAGGAAUAUCUGGAAAGUGGGUACCCAUGCCUCUGAAGCCAGACACAAUAGCUCAUCUGUAAGCUAGGUUUAUCGUAAAUAAAUAACCAAAAUAAUUUUAACAUAUUGUAGAAAACUGUGAUGUAGUAUGUAGAUAGUUUUAAUUAAAUUAAAAGUCAACAAAUGGAA